UUAAUCGGAGGGACCGAAUUAGCACAUACCCAAAAAUACUACUGCUAUUUAUACUGCCUAACCCUAGAUUCUAGGAGCCUUGUCCCAUCGAUCCCAUCGCGCCGCCACCACUCCUCCAGUCCCCUCUUCCUCGGGAUCCCCUCCCGAUCCAGCCCACCAACCAGCGCAAGCCAUUUUUUCCCUCGAUCCCGAUUGGAUCGUGUAGCUGCUCGAGGCCCCGAGCAGGAGCGCUCGACCUUGUCCCCUCGCGCCACCGCCGCCGGCAACCAGCGCCACCAGGCCGUGCCCUGCUCCCUUCCUCCCCGUGCCGCUCUCUCGAAAUCUCUCAUCUCUCUCGCCUCACCCUCUCUGUCUCUUCACAGGGAACAAGUGAGAUAUGCCAUGGCCGCCCGCGGAAGCUCCGUCAUCGCCGGGAUCAAGUUCCUCCAGCCCCGGCCUCGGAUCAGACGUCUCCAGCCUCCCUGCUGCCUUGCUCGCCCGCGCCAAGACCUCGCCUCUGCUCCACCUCAAGGCCUCGCCGUCGCUGCCGGACUUCGCCGGAGUCAAGCCGCCGUCCAAGCCCGUUCCCGGCCAGACCCGCCGCCCUUCACCCGCGUGCCCUCGCCGGACCUCCUUCCUCCGCCAAGACCCAAGCCGCGCCAUGGCCGCCGACCCCCCUGCCUCGCCUCGGAUCUCUCAUGGGACGCCAUCCAGUGCCCGGAUCCGCACCUCCUCUGUGCCCUACAUCGCCUGAAGCUGACGCGCCCGGCAUCGCCAGUUCUGUCUGCGUCCCCUGCAUCGAGCAGUAGCUCGGGAACGAGCACCCCGCCCCGCGUUGACCAGUCCAGCGCCAGCCUGGACGAGCGGCACUCGCCGCGCGAGGCCUCCUCUGCUUCGCUCGCAGCCCAGAGGCCCAAGCGCCUCGCCUCAGCCUCUCCACCGAUCGGGGCGUGGCCCAUGGUGAGCAGCCCACCCAGCGCCCUCCUGUUUUCUUUUUUUUUUCCCGCUGUUGGGCCAGCAGUUUCGGCCCACGUAUGUUUUUUUUCAGUCCAGCGAUUUUACCUAUUAUCCAGGAGUUUACAGAAUUACAGAAAAGUCCCUCUAGUUCAUGCAUCUAAUAACUAAUUAACUGUGCAUCGGAUUAAAAUGAUUUUA